CUUAACGAACAAGACCAACACACUACACGUUAAUGAGAAUUGUUUAAUCAAUUGUGCAGUAAAAGUGUUGCUUGCUGUACUCGGGAAUUCAAAGAGAUACGUUCAGUGUUAGAAUAAAAUAUAUUGAUUAUUAAUGUUAUUGUUUACAGGAUUAAAUUAUACUCAUGAGGAUGGCAAAAACAGCAUAACAGUACACUAACCAAGCUGUUAUAGUGUUAUUGAUGAAGAAGAUAACUAAUCUCGUAAGGAACGGGAUGGUAUCUGCAUAUAUAUUUCUCCUUUUGGCCCAAGUAACAUUGCAAAAUGUUCAAACUGAAGGUUGGGCACCAGUGGAAGAGGAUGGAACAACAACUGUCGUACUAAACGACAUGUUGUCAAACACAACCCAAUUUGAAAUAAAAACAAAACAGCAUCUUGAUGCCUCUGACAUGAUAGCUGUUGAUUUUCUGUCCAGUGAUCUAGAAAUGCUUGGCAGCAUGACAAUCGGACCAGCGGGUCUGAAAUUUGAGAUUAUCUGUUCUGGAGAUGGUAAAAAAUUAGAUGAUCAAUAUCAAGACGGAAUAAUUGAAAGUGGAAUCUGGUCUCUUCAGCUGAACAGUACGAGUAUGACAGUUCGAUUCAAUGGAGAGUAUUUCUACAUGUUUGACAUAUACGAUGAGUGUGUCCCUAAUGAGAUAAAAGCAGUUCAGUUUAAAGAGACUACUAACGGGGCCUCUCAGUUUUACAAAGGAAACAAUAUCACAAUUUUUAAAGAAUGUUCAGCGGGAACUGUACCUAAUGAUGAUUUGACAGAAUGUGAUGAAUGUGCAGCGGGAACAUACAGAGACGCACACAUGUCUUCCUGUGAUAGUUGUGAUGAGAACUCUGUCAGUACUGCAGGAGCAUCUUCUUGCACUGCUUGUGAUGCUGGAACUGUUGCUAAUGAUGAUUCGACAAAAUGUUUUUUAGGAGAAUGCUCAGCAGGAACUGUAGCUAAUGAUGAUUUGACAGAAUGUGAUGAAUGCUUAGCAGGAACAUACAGAGAUGCAGACAUGUCUUCCUGUGAUAGUUGUGAUGAGAACUCUGUCAGUACUGCAGGAGCAUCUUCUUGUACUGCUUGUGAUGCUGGAACUGUAGCUAAUGAUGAUUCGACAGAAUGUGAUGAAUGUGCAGCGGGAACAUACAGAGAAGCAGACAUGUCUUCCUGUGAUAAUUGUGAUGAGAACUCUGUCAGUACUGCAGGAGCAUCUUCUUGCACUGCUUGUAAUGCUGGAACUGUAGCUAAUGAUGAUUCGACAGAAUGUGAUGAAUGUGCAGAGGGAACAUACAGAGACACACACAUGUCUUCCUGUGAUAGUUGUGAUGAGAACUCUGUCAGUACUGCAGGAGCAUCUUCUUGCACUGCUUGUGAUGCUGGAACUGUAGCUAAUGAUGAUUCGACAGAAUGUGAUGAAUGUGCAGAGGGAACAUACAGAGAAGCAGACAUGUCUUCCUGUGAUAAUUGUGAUGAGAACUCUGUCAGUAAUGCAGGAGCAUCUUCUUGCACUGCUUGUAAUGCUGGAAUGGUAGCUAAUGAUGAUUUGACAGAAUGCGAUGAAUGUGCAGCGGGAACAUACAGAGAAGUAGACAUGUCUUCCUGUGUUAAUUGUGUUGAGAACUCUGUCAGUACUGCAGGAGCAUCUUCUUGCACUGCUUGUAAUGCUGGAAGGGUAGCUAAUGAUGAUUCGACAGAAUGUGAUGAAUGUGCAGCAGGAACAUACAGAGACGCACACAUGUCUUCCUGUGAUAGUUGUGAUGAGAACUCUGUCAGUACUGCAGGAGCAUCUUCUUGUACUGCUUGUAAUGCUGGAACUGUAGCUAACGAUGAUUCGACAGAAUGUGAUGAAUGUGCAGCGGGAACAUACAGAGAAGCAGACAUGUCUUCCUGUGUUAAUUGUGAUGAGAACUCUGUCAGUAUUGCAGGAGCAUCCUCUUGUACUGCUUGUAAUGCUGGAACUGUAGCUAAUGAUGAUUCGACAGAAUGUGAUGAAUGUGCAGCAGGAACAUACAGAGAAGCAGACAUGUCUUCCUGUGUUAAUUGUGAUGAGAACUCUUUCAGUACUGCAGGAGCAUCUUCUUGCACUGCUUGUAAUGCUGGAACUGUUGCUAAUGAUGAUUCGACAGAAUGUGAUGAAUGUGCAGCGGGAACAUACAGAAAAGCACACAUGUCUUCCUGUGUUCAUUGUGAUGAGAACUCUGUCAGUACUGCAGGAGCAUCUUCUUGCACUGCUUGUAAUGCUGGAACUGUAGCUAAUGAUGAUUCGACAGAAUGUGAUGAAUGUGCUGCGGGAACAUACAGAGACGCACACAUGUCUUCCUGUGAUAGUUGUGAUGAGAACUCUGUCAGUACUGCAGGAGCAUCUUCUUGCACUGCUUGUAAUGCUGGAACUGUAGCUAAUGAUGAUUCGACAGAAUGUGAUGAAUGCGCAGCGGGAACAUACAGAGACGCACACAUGUCUUCCUGUGAUAGCUGUGAUGAGAACUCUGUCAGUAUUGCAGGAGCAUCUUCUUGCACUGCUUGUGAUGCAGGAACUGUAGCUAAUAAUGAUUCGACAGAAUGUUAUGAAUGUGCAGCGGGAACAUACAGAGAUGCAGACAUGUCUUCCUGUGAUAGUUGUGAUGAGAACUCUGUCAGUACUUCAGGAGCAUCUUCUUGCACUGCUUGUAAUGCUGGAAGGGUAGCUAACGAUGAUUCGACAGAAUGUGAUGAAUGUGCUGCGGGAACAUACAGAGACACAGACAUGUCUUCCUGUGUUAGUUGUGAUGAGAUCUCUGUCAGUAAUGCAGGAGCAUCUUCUUGUACUGCUUGUAAUGCUGGAACUGUAGCUAAUGAUGAUUCGACAGAAUGUGAUGAAUGCACAGCGGGAACUUACAGAGAAGCACACAUGUCUUCCUGUGAUAGUUGUGAUGAGAACUCUGUCAGUACUGCAGGAGCAUCUUCUUGCACUGCUUGUAAUGCUGGAACUGUAGCUAAUGAUGAUUUGACAGAAUGUGAUGAAUGUGCAGCGGGAACAUACAGAGAAGCACACAUGUCUUCCUGUAUUAGUUGUGAUGAGAACUCUGUCAGUACUGCAGGAGCAUCUUCUUGCAUUGCUUGUAAUGCUGGAACUGUAGCUAAUGAUGAUUCGACAGAAUGUGAUGAAUGUGCAGCGGGAACAUACAGAGAAGCACACAUGUCUUCCUGUAUUAGUUGUGAUGAGAACUCUGUCAGUACUGCAGGAGCAUCUUCUUGCAUUGCUUGUAAUGCUGGAAGGGUAGCUAAUGAUGAUUCGACAAAAUGUGAUGAAUGCACAGCGGGAACAUACAGAGAAGCAGACAUGUCUUCCUGUGUUAGUUGUGAUGAGAACUCUGUCAGUACUGCAGGAGCAUCUUCUUGCACUGCUUGUAAUGCUGGAACUGUAGCUAAUGAUGAUUCGACAGGAUGUGAUGAAUGUGCAGCGGGAACAUACAGAGAAGCAGGCAUGUCUUCCUGUGUUAGUUGUGAUGAGAACUCUGUCAGUACUGCAGGAGCAUCUUCUUGUACUGCUUGUGAUGCUGGAACUGUAGCUAAUGAUAAGUUUACAGAAUGUGAUGAAUGCGCAGCGGGAACAUACAGAGAAGCAGACAUGUCUUCCUGUGUUAGUUGUGAUGAGAACUCUGUCAGUACUGCAGGAGCAUCUUCUUGCACUGCUUGUAAUGCUGGAACAGUAGCUAAUGAUAAUUCGACAGGAUGUGAUGAAUGUGCAGCGGGAACAUACAGAGAAGCAGACAUGUCUUCCUGUGAUAGUUGUGAUGAGAACUCUGUCAGUACUGCAGGAGCAUCUUCUUGUACUGCUUGUGAUGCUGGAACUGUAGCUAAUGAUAAGUUUACAGAAUGUGAUGAAUGCGCAGCGGGAACAUACAGAGAAGCAGACAUGUCUUCCUGUGUUAGUUGUGAUGAGAACUCUGUCAGUACUGCAGGAGCAUCUUCUUGCACUGCUUGUAAUGCUGGAACUGUAGCUAAUGAUGAUUUGACAGAAUGUGAUGAAUGUGCAGCGGGAACAUACACAAAAGCAGACAUGUCUUCCUGUGUUAAUUGUGAUGAGAACUCUGUCAGUACUGCAGGAGCAUCUUCUUGCACUGCUUGUAAUGCUGGAACUAUAGCUAAUGAUGAUUUGACAGAAUGUGAUGAAUGUGCAGCGGGAACAUACAGAGAAGCAGACAUGUCUUCCUGUGAUAGUUGUGAUGAGAACUCUGUCAGUACUGCAGGAGCAUCUUCUUGCACUGCUUGUAAUGCUGGAACUGUAGCUAACGAUGAUUCGACAGAAUGUGUUUUGGGAGAAUGCUCAGCGGGAACCGUAGCUAAUGAUGAUUUGACAGAAUGUGAUGAAUGCUCAGCGGGAACAUACAGGGAAGCAGAUAUGUCUUCCUGUGUUAAUUGUGAUGAGAACUCUGUCAGUACUGCAGGAGCAUCUUCUUGUACUGCUUGUAAUGCUGGAACUGUAGCUAAUGAUGAUUUGACAGAAUGUGUUAACUGCAAGCGAGGAACAUACAGAUCAAGGAACAUGGUGUCAUGUGAACCCUGUCCGGGCAAUGUGUACGAACAGGAGAAGGCAACCCAGUGCAAAGUUAUUGCAAAGGUUACUGUUAAAGUUUCAGAGUGUGAAACUAGAAUUGAAACCAGUGUGGUCUAUGGAACGUACACUUGGACAGCUACAGAUCCAGAAAUACACGCAGAACUGCCAUGUUUAUAUGAUGGUAAGUUUAAAGCUCGCAAGUUCUGCACUGCAAGUGGAUUAUUCAGUGAGACAGACUUUUCAGAGUGCCCUUCUGCUGUUUCAACAAUAGUCAGUGACCUGUUGCAGGAAAUUGAGACUGGGUCUUCCGAAACCCAAGAAGAAAUGUCUGAUGAGAUAAAGGACAUGACGGCCGUUGAAGGGAGUAAGCUGAGCUCUUCUGAUGUACAAAAAGUGUCCCUAAGUAUAGACACAUUGAUAAAUCUACCUGACUCUGAGCUAUCAAACAAUACUGUUGACAAUCUCAUAUCUACGAUAGAUAACAUUCAGACUAACACUGAUGUGACAGAACUGCAAGACCAGCAAGCCAGUGAUGAACUGAGAGAAUCUGCAGUUGCAAUUAUUCGUGCAGUUGCCCUUCAGAAUGAUAAUGAUGUGCUCAAAACAGAAGAUUCGAUAGCGCUUGGUAUAGCAGCUGUGGAAACCACAGACACAUCGAGGAUGAAACAAAUGCUGACUCUGGCAGGAGAUUUGAAUGUAGUUAAGGGGAGCACAAACCAAAAAGAUGAUGCAAAUACUUUCUUCACAGGCGAGCUGACAACGACAAAAGACGAGGUGCUGACCGUGGUUUACUAUGAGAACGAUAAGUCGUUCCCAUCCAAAACUACCACUCCAAAGUCCACAGAUGAGAACAUGUUGUUAAAAGAAGUUGCCCAUUCGAUAGUUCAAGUUGGGGUGGAUAAGAAAGAAGGCGAUGAAACUACACCAGAUGGACUUUCGUUGGUGGCGAGUGUUAUCGCAGACAUCAACAUAAUAAGCAAGACCUCCUCAGAAAUACUACCGCUGGAAGCACACCAAAAUGUCACCAUGACAUUUAAAGUAACGGAUAAAGCCGAGAAAAAGGUGCUCAGCUUUUCUAAACGGAAGACCAUUGUUAGACAGAAGCUGACAUGUAGUUUCUACAACACUUCUCAUACUGGUGAGCGAGGCUGGAGCGAGAAGGGCUGCGAGACCCGAUCAGUGUACAACGCAGAGACAGGAGUUACCGAAGUGAAAUGUAUUUGUGAUCAUCUCACUAGCUUUGCAGUUCUCAUGUCGUUCACCAGCGAGAGUAAUGACAAGGAGGAGCUUGUGUCACUAGUUCUGUUGGCUUCUAGUCUCUUCUGUUUAACACUUACUGCAGCUGCUAUUCUUCCAAACAAGAAAUUGAUGAAAAUGAAGUCUCAGAAAAUCAACCUGAUGCUGGUUCUCGCUCUAAUGCUCUCUAUUGUGUUCUUCUUUUUAAUGGAUAGUUUUGUAGCUGCUGAAGAGGAUGCAAAACCUUCCAUUCCUUGUUCCAUUAUAGCGUUCCUGUUGAACUACUUCUGGCUCUGCCAGCUAAGCUGGAUGGUGGUGGAAGCAGUUACUAUGUACUUAGCCAUGGUUAAAGUACUAGGGGUCUACAUGAGCCACGCAAUGCUGAAGUACAGUUUGGUAGGAUGGGGUCUCCCACUUAUCUUCCCUCUGAUCGGGGUGGCUUGGGGCGGAGCUGACUUUGCAGAUCCUAAGACGUGCUUUAUCAAAUACCCCUACGGUAUUGCAACGUUCUACGGUCCAGUGGUACUAGGGGUGGUCAUUAGUUGGGUCUUAUUUGUCUUCAUAGUCAAAGUUAUUAUGACUGCUAUCAAGACCCAAGCUGAGAAAACGGACGAAGCUGAAAUCAAAAUGAGAACGAAGCAGGUGAAAUCAGCACUAGCGGUGACAAUUAUUCUGGGUCUGAGUUGGAUUGUUGGUUUCUUUCUUCUGAUGAACAACUCCAACUAUAGUACCAUCAAUGCGGUCUUCAGAUGGCUCUUUAUUGCACUAAAUGCCCCACAGGGUGUUUUUAUCUUCCUCUUCUACGUGGUACUAAAGGAAGAUUGUGUAAAGUUCUGGAUGGCAAAGUUCAGAAUGAUGGGACAGUCCCUAACACACUCAGUACCAUCGACCCAGUCUACUGGCUUCCAUCCUGGCCACCACGACCACGGCCUUCACCCAGAACAUGAACAUGGUCACGGUCACGGUCAUGGUCAUGGUCAUGGUCACGGUCAUGGUCACGAGCAUGUCCAUGUUCAUCAUGGACAUGGGCACAUUCAUGCUUUGGAGGACGCGCUGUAGAAUAAACAA